CAGUAGCGAGCAGCACCGUAGUUUGCUUGAUGGUGAAGUCUGAGCCGACGGAGCAAAGUCAAGUAGCAAAGAUGGCGGUAUCGGUGUUUCCCUGCGUGCGGCUGCGGUCCAUCGGGGACGCGAACGGAGAGAUCCAGCGACACUCCGAGCAACAGCCCCUGAGGUUGGAGGUUAAAAGCACCCCAGACACGGCUCUCUUAAAUCUCUCCAAUAGCGAUGAGACAUCAGUCUUCAAGUGUUCGUUGUCCAGGGAAACGGAAUGCAGUCGUGUGGGGAAACAGUCAUUCAUCAUCACACUGGGCUGCAACAGUGUCCUGCUACAGUUCUCCACACCUGCAGAGUUUACUUCCUUCUAUAACAUUCUGAAGAGUUGCCGGGGCCACAAUGCAGAACACUCAGUCUUCAGUGACAGGACAGAAGAGUCCUCUGCCGUGCAAUACUUUCAGUUCUAUGGCUAUCUCUCUCAGCAGCAGAACAUGAUGCAGGACUAUGUUCGGACCGGAACCUACCAACGUGCCAUCCUUCAGAACCACGGUGACUUUAAGGACAAGGUGGUGUUAGAUGUGGGCUGUGGUUCGGGUAUUCUGUCGUUCUUUGCGGCGCAGGCCGGAGCCAGGAAGGUCUACGCUGUGGAGGCUAGCACCAUGGCCCAGCACGCAGAGGUGCUGGUAAACUCCAACGGAAUGGGGGAUCGUGUGGUGGUGAUAGCAGGGAAGGUGGAGGAGAUCUCUCUACCAGAGCAGGUGGACAUCAUCAUCUCUGAACCCAUGGGAUACAUGCUCUUCAACGAGAGAAUGCUGGAGAGUUACCUACAUGCCAAGAAGUUCCUCAAACCCAAUGGUAACAUGUUCCCCACUCUAGGUGACGUCCACCUGGCUCCCUUCACAGAUGAACAGUUAUACAUGGAACAGUUCACCAAGGCCAACUUCUGGUAUCAGCCAUCGUUCCAUGGUGUUGAUCUGUCAUCGCUGAGAGAAGCUGCAGUAGACGAGUACUUCAGACAACCCAUUGUGGACACCUUUGAUAUCCGUAUCCUCAUGUCCAAGUCUGUCAAAUACACCGUCAACUUCCUGGACGCGAAAGAGGGGGAUCUGCAUAGGAUGGAGAUUCCCUUUAAGUUCCACAUGAUGACUUCAGGUCUGGUCCAUGGUCUGGCCUUCUGGUUUGACGUGGCUUUCAUCGGCUCAGCGGUAACAGUGUGGCUCUCCACCUCUCCUACGGAGCCUCUGACCCACUGGUACCAAGUCCGCUGUCUGCUCCAGUCCCCUCUCUUCACCAAGGCAGGAGACACCCUGUCUGGCACUGCAACGCUCAUCGCUAACAAGAGACAGAGCUAUGACAUCAGUAUGGUGGCCCAGGUGGACCAGACAGGAAGCAAGUCUAGCAACCUGCUGGAUCUCAAGAACCCCUUCUUCAGGUACACAGGCAGCACGUCAGCCCCGCCCCCAGGCUCUCACUACUCCUCCCCCUCAGAGAACAUGUGGAGCAAUGGAGGAGUCUACAACAUGAACCAGGGAGGGAUGCCGGCCGUGUAUGACCUCAGUACGGUCAUCGGUGGCGGCGGCUCCACCGUGUCUCACAACAAUCUCAUCCCUCUUGUGAACACAGGGGUAGUGAACCAUACAUCUUCUAGAGUUGGGUCUAUCAUGAGUACAGGCGUGGGCCAGGGAGUGACAACUGGACAAUCGGGGCCCGGCAACAGUCCUCAAUACCCAAUCAACAACAGCCAGUUUACCAUGGGCGGUCCUUCCAUCUCCAUGUCGUCUCCCAUGGCGAUGCCUAGCAACACUAUGCACUACGGGAGCUAAGACCUACCAACCGUCCGUAGCUCCCCCACCCCCCUCUUCUCUCCCUUCCCCCUCUUCUCUCCCUCCUCCCUCCCUCCCACCCCACCUCCUGGAAGGAAACCAAACUGGACUGAUAAUAUGGACGUGCCUCUCCUCCCUUCACCCCUCCGUUCUCUGGUUCCUGAUGUCUCCGGCCCAGUCCAGAAACAACUACACACUGAAAGGGUUGGAUAGGUUUAGGGCUGUCAAAUGUCCAGGUUCUCCAUUCUGGUUGCAGGAUUUCUGAUGUCCUACUUGUUCUGUCUGGAUUGCAACCGUUGAUGGUUUAAGUCAUGUUGCCUCAACACAUCCCCAUGAUCUCAACACGUCCCCAUGAUCUCACCACGUCCCCAUGAUCUCACCACGUCCCCAUGACCUCAACACGUCCCCAUGACCUCAACACGUCCCCAUGAUCUCAACACGUCCCCAUGAUCUCAACACGUCCCCAUGAUCUCAACACGUCCCCAUGAUCUCAACACGUCCCCAUGAUCUCACCACGUCCCCAUGAUCUCACCACGUCCCCAUGAUCUCACCACGUCCCCAUGAUCUCACCACGUCCCCAUGAUCUCACCACGUCCCCAUGAUCUCACCACGUCCCCAUGAUCUCACCACGUCCCCAUGACCUCACCACGUCCCCAUGACCUCACCACGUCCCCAUGACCUCACCACGUCCCCAUGACCUCAACACGUCCCCAUGAUCUCACCACGUCCCCAUGAUCUCACCACGUCCCCAUGAUCUCAACACGUCCCCAUGAUCUCACCACGUCCCCAUGAUCUCAACACGUCCCCAUGAUCUCACCACGUCCCCAUGAUCUCACCACGUCCCCAUGAUCUCACCACGUCCCCAUGAUCUCACCACGUCCCCAUGACCUCACCACGUCCCCAUGACCUCAACACGUCCCCAUGACCUCAACACGUCCCCAUGACCUCAACACGUCCCCAUGACCUCAACACGUCCCCAUGACCUCACCACGUCCCCAUGACCUCACCACGUCCCCAUGACCUCACCACGUCCCCAUGACCUCACCACGUCCCCAUGACCUCACCACGUCCCCAUGACCUCACCACGUCCCCAUGACCUCACCACGUCCCCAUGACCUCACCACGUCCCCAUGACCUCACCACGUCCCCAUGACCUCACCACGUCCCCCAUGGUCUCACCACGUCCCCAUGGUCUCACCACGUCCCCAUGGUCUCACCACGUCCCCAUGGUCUCACCACGUCCCCAUGGUCUCACCACGUCCCCAUGGUCUCACCACGUCCCCAUGAUCUCAACACGCCCCCAUGGUCUCACCACAUUCUGAGGCAGAGUGAAAGGUGUGUGCUUGUAACCAUUCUGUUUUAUGUAUUCACAACCCACAUAGAAACAUUUAGAAGGAUCUUAUGUACUUACUGUGGCUAUGGGGGUUUGGAAACGUACACACACAGUUGUAUUAUACACACACACACACACACACACACACACACACACACACACACACACACACACACACACACACACA